GAGAGAGGGAGAGGAGGAGGAGAGACGGGGGGAGAGGAGAGCUGAUGCCUGACGAGUCACUCGGCGGAGGCAGAGCGGGCGGUACCACAACUUCCCGGCGGCGCGGAGCGGCGCGGAGCAGCGCGGCGCGGAUCGCAGCUCGCCGGCCGGAUCGCUCCCAUGUCAGCGCGGCGGCGGGGGACUGCGCUCCGCUAGCGACCAGCCGCCGGCCAACCCUCUCCUCGCCCAGCGAUGUAUUAUUCACUGCUCUCAGCCUGCACUUGCCUAUGUUUACAUUUCCUGCUGCUGUGCUUUCAGGUACAGAUGUUUGCUGCUGAGGAGAAUGUGGAUUUUCGGAUACACGUGGAGAACCAGACGCGGGCGAGGGACGAUGUGAGCAGGAAGCAGCUUCGGCUCUAUCAGCUCUACAGCAGGACAAGCGGGAAGCACAUCCAAGUGCUUGGCAGGAAGAUCAGUGCCAAAGGAGAAGAUGGAGAUAAAUAUGCCCAGCUUCUAGUGGAAACAGACACUUUUGGCAGUCAAGUCCGGAUCAAAGGGAAGGAGACAGAUUUCUACCUUUGCAUGAACAGGAAAGGCAAGCUAGUGGGGAAGCCUGAUGGCACCAGUAAGGAGUGUGUCUUCAUUGAAAAAGUCCUAGAAAACAACUACACGGCACUGAUGUCUGCAAAAUAUUCGGGCUGGUAUGUUGGAUUCACCAAAAAAGGGAGGCCACGGAAAGGGCCCAAGACCCGGGAAAACCAGCAGGAUGUACACUUUAUGAAGAGAUACCCAAAGGGGCAAAUGGAGAUACAGAAACCUUUCAAGUACACAACAGUCACCAAGAGGACUAAGAGAAUACGACCCACCAACCCCAGCUAAAAAUAGACAAAAACAGUGUCACAAUAAGAAACCACAAAAAAAA